AUGUCUGCUGUAGAAGCCAAAGAUGGUGGACCUGAUCAAGCAAAUGAGAAACUGGUCCGAAGACGGCAGAAAUCUGAGGCAGACUUGACUGCUCGAACCCCUGAAAGGCUGUUGAAGGAGGACAGUACCAAUGGUGGAGGAUAUUCAACAAUAAUAGCAAAAGGCUUGGCACUGAGAACCAAAGCUGUUAACCGUACUAAAUCAGGAGCUGAUGCUGAGUUUGCCGGGUUCAAUCCCACGCCAACAGGUCUUGGAGAUGGUUUUGUGGUUGCUGGAUUCUCCACAGUGAGGAAGUCAUCGAGUACAUCGAGCUUGCAAGAUCAAGACCGUAGCAGCAGCAGUUUGUCAUCACUGUGGCCAGCUGCAUCCAAAUGGAGUCUUAAGCCUGAUUUGCAAGGAGUUUCAACGGUAGGCAAUACAAUAGCUAUUUUUCAUGGAUUGCCAAAACCAAUGACAGCUCGUAAAAGCAAAGCUGCGCUUGAUUAG